UUAACAUAGCGGGCGCGGGAAGCUGUGACAUCUCGGAGCUCAGUCGAAACCAGUUCGGCAGUCGCACUGGAGGCGCGAUAUAAAUAUCAACGUACAUCCAGAAAUCAACUUUACAAAACAAUGAAUUCCCUAACAAUCCUGCUGUCGGUUGUCGCGGUGGUGCUAAUCGCCCGCCAGACGGACGCCGCCGGCGCGGGCUGCCCGCUGCCGUCGAAGGUGUACGGGUGCACGCCUAAGUGCCUGCAGAACUACGAGUGCAGCAACGGCAAGGUGUGCUGCGCCAACGCCUGCAACGCCAAGUCCUGCGUCGACGUCAACGGCCUCUCCGGCGCCGGCGGGCAGGACAAGUACUCGCAGUCCGGCGGCGCGGGCACGUACUGCAACAACGUCAAGUGCAACAGUUUCGAGGUCUGCAAGCUCGACCCCGCCACCAAGAGGAUGAAGUGCAUGCGCGCUUAACAUACUAUUGUCAAUUACUAAUUACUAGUAUUUAUAUACACCUUAUCACAUAAUACAUUAUCUAUUUUGUAUAAA